AUGGCGCUCCUCCGAACCACAGCGCUAGCGCUGGCGCUGGGCACCACAAAUGCCGGUGGCGCCUACCCAGACCUCAGCAACGGCGCCCAGUACGUGAAGCUCACAGAUGCUACGUUUGACUCCUUCAUCAAUGACGCUCUGAGUGCGGGUAAGACGGCGAUGGUCCGCUGGAUCGCGUCGGAGGGCUGAGGCUGAUGAGUCAAGCAGUCGUCGGGUUGGGGUGCGGCCCUCUCGGCGUUCAAGGAUAAUAAGGAUGUGGUGUUCGGGGACGUCAAUCUGUCAGAGAACCCGAUCAGGGAGCGGCACGGCGUUCAAUUUAACCCGGGCGCGGGCGGCUGGCCGACCAUACGAUAUUUCAACUCUGAUACCGGUCCAGGGGGCGCCCCUUAUGAAAAGGUAACAGAUAAGGCCAUGUGCGAGGAGCUCAAAGAUGAGGAUAACAUGUUCGCCUACGUCGAGAAGGCGGCCUCCACUUCCCUCUGUUCGUUAGACGGCCAAGGGUGCUCCGACAAGCAGAAGACCUACAUCGCAAAGUGGACCGGAAAGACGCGGGAGGACUACGCGUCGCAGAUGGCUCGCAUCGACAAGAUGCUGGCCGGCGACCAAUCCAAGCUCAGCUCCGACGUACUAUCGUGGAUGAAGGCGCGGCGGAAGCUACUCGAUCAGAUGCAUUGGGCCGCCGUCACGGACGAACUCUAA